CUCCAUCUCUCUCGCCAUCGAUCGCUUCUCACGACGCUCGCACAUGCAAACACGACCCUUGUUCCUUGUCCGUGUCAAGCAGCCCCUGUCCAUGCAGACGCAUCCCAAAGCGUCAUCACGCAUACGCCCACCUCUGCGGCCAUGACUAUGCUCCUGUGCGACAUGCCGCCGCCGCCGCCACCAUCACCACCACCACCACCACGACUCCCGGCAAACGAGCCUGAGAACGACUCAACCACAACGGGCUUACCGAUUGCUGGCUCCUCGGUGGUCAAGCGCGCCCGCCUUCUUUGCUUCUGUCGACUAGCAAACUGCAUGUAAACACGGACACCAUGCAAUGUGCUGUGCUCUGCUGGCCUGCGCGGCGCGGCGAUCGACGAUUGAUUGCUUGCAUGAUGGCUGUAAAGUUAACUGGCCUGUUGUGCGUAAUCAUGUCUCGCAGCCCGAGGCGACAACUGGAAAUCGAUUGAAGCCGCCGAGGCUUUUCGAUUCAUGUGCUGCAUUCAUCGCUACGGAACGUUGAUUGCAGCCGAGACGGGCCAGCCCACUUCAUU